GGCUGCGGCGGGCCCCGCAGUGUACGAGGAAUCCAUUGGCGAGGUUGCCGCUCCGCGGGAAGCCUAUCGGCUCCCGGUUCCUUGCUCGGGGCUGGCAACAGCAGUACACAGGGGAGAGAGGGCGGUACGCCGCCGUCCCGCGCGGCCCCUCAGCCUCCGCUGCCGGGCAGAGCCAUGAACCUGGGUGAUGGACUGAAGCUUGAAACUGAAGUGCUGGAUGGAAAGCCUAGGCUAAUUUUAUCUGCUUAUGAUAAAUCAAAGCCUGCUGUGAAGAUGGGUAACAAAGGCAGAGCAUCUAAACAGGCAUUGAGAAAGAGGCACACUGCGCAUGUUCUGAGGUCAACACAAAAUGCUUGUAUCAAGCAGGAAAACUUAACAAAACCAAGGAGUGAAUCAAGAUUAUCAAUAACAAAAGGUGAAAAACUGAAAGUCACUAAACACUUCUCAGAUGAAGCCACAACUAAAGACCACUCUUUGAUUUUCCAAAGAGGUAGCACAGACAGAUGCCCUGAUUCAGAGAAUCUUAAUGUUCUUAAAAAAAGCAAACAGAAACCUCAAAACCCGUGCGUGUCAACUGAAGACCUAAGUAGUUUGGUGUGUUUAACACAAGAACAGCUUCAGCAGAUUUUGAUGACUGUAAAAGAAGGAACUGGAAGCAUCUCUGAGACUAAUAAUGAGAAGGAAGAGGAAAUGGGUACUACUGAGGCAUCAGAGGAAAAUAUUGUAACAUUACUCCAAAAAGCUUGUAAGGUUUCAUCUGUUCCAGAUGAAGCCAGCUCUGAUUCAAGCAGGAAACAAGAAGCAGAUCCACAGCCAGGACAGAAAGUUACAAAGGAUUCUUGGAAACCUGCUGACAUGUUCACUGCAUUGGGUGAAAGAGAAAGGGAGAAAGCCUUGUUAGAAUUUAAGAAGACCCAAUGGAAGAAGGAAUUAGACGAACAGGUAGCACUGAAGAAGAAACUGAAAGAAGGUUUGGAAGAAGUGGGUAAUUUCUGGGAAAAACCUGGCAAUAAUAAAAUCCAUAAAGAGAAAGUAGAACCACCUGACCCAGAUAAGGAAGCUGUGCCACAGGAACAACCUUUUAGUGCUUUGAAGCAUGAGCAACAGAAGAAGUGGCUUGAAGAGUUGGACAAACAGAAGGAAGAAGCUAAGCUACAAAAAACAGAAGAAAAACUUGAUUUAUCAGAGGCUGAAGAGCAUGACAGAUGGGCAGUGCAUUUUGAUUCUUUAAAGAACCACCUUAAUGCUAGUGCAAAACACCCCUUAAAUGGAAUGUACAAAAAGCAGCCUGAAAGUCUUUGCCUGUCACCGGAUCCUAAGGAGCUGACUGCUGUUAUUCACCCUUCUUCACCUGCAGCUUCAGACAGUCUCCUGCCUUUAAAGGUGGGAAAUGCAGAAAAAGCUGCUAAAAGCAGUGCCUUGGAAUGCAAUCAGAAAGCCAGUUUCCUCCGUUCAAUGACAGCUCUCCUGGACCCUGCUCAGAUUGAAGAGAGAGACAGGUGGCGGCAGAAGCAGCUUGAACAUCAGAAAGCAAUAAUGGCUCAGGUAGAAGAAAACCGGAAGAAGAAACAACUGGAGGAAGAACAGAGAAAAUGGGAAGAACAAGAGGAUGAACUGCGCUUAGCACGAGAAAAAGAACAAAUGCAGAAACAGUUUGAAGAAGAUAUGCUGAAACAAAAACAAAAAGAGGAACUUGUGACUCUUAAGAGAAAUGAGCUCUAUCAGACAACGCAGAAAGCUCAAGAAUUAGCACAGAGAUUAAAACAAGAGCAGCGCAUUCAAGACUUGGCUCAGAAGGGACAUGACAUUUCAAAACUUCAGAAGAAUCUUGGUGCUGGUGGUACAGAAUUUGAAAAUUGUAAUACUGGUAUUUCACAUCAAAGUCAUAAUUUUUCUGAUGACAUUAAGAGUCACAUUGAUCAGCAGGCUUCUCCUCGGAAAGAUACUGCUGUACAGACAGAUUACUUUAACACUUCAGCAUACACUGAGUCAGCUGAGGAAAGAACUGUGUGUUGUGGAUCACCUGAUAUUUCCAUAGAAUAUAAAGAAACCUCUAACAGUAGAAAACACCAGAAGGAAACGCAGUAUAUAGAUAAAAAUUCAGGAAAAGAGACUGGUGGCAUUUACAGUGAUCUGUAUGAACAAUAUGCAAGAAAAGAAAGACAAAUUAAACCUUCAGAAAAAUACAACAAAAGACCUGACUGGAACAUAAACAAGCCUGGGAAAAGAUACAUUCCAGCAUCAGAAAGAUACCCUAAACAGCUACAGAAACAAAGGGAAGAAAACAAAGUAAGACGACAAAUGGAACUGCUUCAGCUGGUGGAAAGAAACAACCCAUGGAAUCUCUGCCCAAAAAAAGCAGACAGGUCAUCUUCACCUCACAGAGAAAUAAAUACAAGGACUAAGGGACACAGAGGCAGAAAGGAAGAACAAUUACAUAAGAAUCAUGUGAAUGAAGAAAGGUCUGAGUCACCACCUGCUCCAGGAGUUAAGAACCGAUUACACCAAAUGCAACAAAAACAGACACAGGUUUCUAAUUGCUUGGUGCAUAACAACAGUAGUAGAAGAGAGAAAAAUACCAAGCCAGAUCCCCAGCAGAGGAGCUCCUCUCCUCCCAUUACAGAAGCUGGAAGACCUCCCUCUUCGCAGUUUAUUCCAUAUGUUCGAACAAAUGAAGUGUAUUAUCUUGAUCCAGAUGCACCAGUGACUAGACCUUCAACACAUGACCCACAGUAUCGACAGUUCAAUGAUUCUUGCCAAAUGCCAAGGCAGAUUCUUAGCUCUGAUCAUGUGAGAGAUCCUCUUCUAAAUCCUGAUGCAGUUAGAGAGAGACAACAAGCAAUUCUCAAAGGAUUGUCAGAAUUACGACAGGGCCUUUUGCAAAAGCAGAAGGAGUUGGAGACUGCUCUGAUGCCCAGCAUGGCUCAGGAAGAGAACUUUAUUUCACCGUUUUGACAGAUCUCUGCAGAAGAUGCAUACCCUGAGUCUGUGGUAGUGGUUCCAUGACCUAAUGUGGUAAAUGCCACAGAACCUCCAGCCUAAGGAUCUUCCCUGCAGCUGCUGUUGGUAGCCACAGCCUGAACCUGAAGCCACCUCACAGCAGUGAAGGAAAGAGAGGCUCUCAGGGAUGUGCCCCCAUCAUGCAGGUGGCGAGACUCUGUGCUCUGCACUGCGGGUGGACAGCAGUUCUUCACAAGAGCCAUUGAGGUCUAUUGAUACAGGGGAGUUUUUAAUUUGAUAAUGCAUUUGCCAUGGUUGGUGGGAGGGUGACAGCUCCUACCCCAGCCUAGGACUGGAUUGUUCUUGAUUUAAACAAACCACACAACUGCUAA